AUGGCGGAUACGGCAGAGAGCGGCAAGGCCGAGAAGUCCGAGCAGAAGGCGGAGGUGCUCUUCGAGGACGUGCUGGAGCGGUGCUGCGGCACCGGCCGCUGGCAAACGCUGCUCAUCGGGUACAUGUCCGUCAUGUGGCUGCUCUUCCCCGCCUUUUCCAUGUCCAUGAUGUUCGUCGGCGCCACGCCCAAGUUUAGAUGCGCCGACGGCUUCGCCGCCAACGCCACUUUCGCCUCGCUGCCGUCCGAUACGCCGCGCUGCUACGCGGCCAACUCGACGGCCGCCUGUCAGCGCUGGGCGUUCGACCCGUCCGUGUACGUGUCGACGGUGGUGACCGAGUGGACGCUGGUGUGCGGCCGCAAGCCGCUGCUCUCACUACUGCAGUCGUGGCUGAUGAUCGGCGCCUUCUUCGCGGCCGUGCGCUUCCUGACGGGCGUCGCCAUGUCGGCCAUGAUCAGCAGCCAGUACGUGCUGGUUCUGGAGCUGUGCAGCAGCGAGCGACGCGCCACGAUCGGUAUCGUCUCAGUCAUGCCAUUCGCCUUCGGCACCUGCCUCGUCGCGCUCGGCUCGUACCUGAUCCGCACGAGAUGGCUACUCCAGCUGGCGUACGCCGUGCCGUGUCUUAUCUUCCUGUUCAACUUCUGGCUGAUGCCCGAGUCGCCCCGCUGGCUGGUGCUGCAGGGCCGGUUCCCGGAAGCGUGUGCCGUGCUGCGCCGGGGAGAGGUGCUGCAGCUGAUGGCGGAGGCGCAAAACAACAUGCUGUCCUGCCAGACCACUAUGAAGACCGCCGGCGGCCACGGUCCGCUGCAAAUGGUGCUGCAGCUGGUCCGGACGCCGCACAUGCGCCGCCGAACACUCAUCGCCGUCUUUCUCGGCUUCAUCAUCGCCGGCUCCUACUUCGGUAUCUCGUUCGACACGACUCAACUGGCGGCGAGCCCGCAUCUGGCGGCGGUGUUUUCCGGUCUCGCAGACGUUCCCUCCAGCUUAGUGUUUCCCCUUCUGGACCGGCUGGGACGGCGAACCUCGUUGAUCCUCCUCCUCUGGCUGCAGGCCGCCGCCAUGUUGCUCACCUUCGUGCAGAAGGACACCACGCUCUGGCUGGUACUCGGCGUGGUCGCCAAGAUCGGUGCCUCCUCCGCAUAUAACACGAUAAUGGUGUUCAUGGCGGAACUGAUGCCCACCGAAGUCCGCUCGCUGGCGUGCGGCCUGCGCCAGCUGGCGGCGCGAGUGGGCGCCGCUCUCUCGCCGUUCGUGGUGGACUUGGGCGGCCUCGCCGGCCUGCUCCUGCCCGAGACCAACGGCCGCCCGAUGCCGGAGACGGUGGCCGAUGUAGAUGGGCAGCCGGUGUCCGCCGCACCUACCGCCGAACGCACCCGCACCAAUGGGACGUGCCAGGGCGCUGACGAACCGUGA